AUGUUUGAACCAUCAAAGGAGCCGGUCAAUGAGGCUGUGAUUUCUCCAGCUGAGACAGAGAAUGGAAUCAACAUUUUCAAGCAACCAAACAAUCCAACGCCCGAACAAUUACAGCCAACUGCGAGGAAGCCUCCCCAAGCAGUUCCUUUUACUAUGGAGUGUCUAUUUGGGAGUGAUAAAGACGAUUCAAAUGCCUCCCUGAUUCCAAGAAAGCGAAGACGUAGAGAUCCAAGGUUGGGAGUGCUUAUUACUGAACUAGUACAACAACCAACUUCAAAUAUUGAACCAGCCCAGGUUAAUCAAGAUGAUCAAAGUCCAAUUGUUGAACCAACACAGGUUAAUCAAGACUCUUCUGCCCCACCACCUCCAGAGCACGAUUCUGCAUCUGUCAAGUUAGCCAAGCUACGUGCUUUUCAAGACUCUAUUCCUCAGUCAAAAGGAAAGGGAAUAUCUAUUGGCUCAGGGCAAGGAGGUGAUGAAGACUCUCAACAAACCAUUUCUGAGCUCAAACAAGAGAUCGUAACUUUCAAACAAGAGGACUUGCUGAUUGGCAACUUGGAUGUGAGAGUUUCUGAGCUUGCAAAAGAAAAUUCUCAAAAGAGUUCUGAUGAUGAAAAAGCUUCAGAGACAUCUGAAAGAGUCGUGGUUAGUCCUUCCCAAGAUUCUAACCUUGAUCAAUUUCUAUCUUCUGGCUUCGUCACAACUGAAGAAAGAAGGGAGAAGUAG